ACAGAUUCAUGACUUAUACGUGUUUAUUUGUUCACACUGAUCUAAGUUUAGAUGUUUUUAUGAAGAAAACUGAAAAGUUAAUUCUAUUUUAAAUUUUUGUUUCAUUUAUUUAAAAAAAAAAGUAUGCAUUUUGAAUCAUUGCGGGCGCUGCUCUGUUGUACGCAUGCGCACCUAACCUGAUGGCCCCUCCUGACCAACAGAGAGAAGAAGCAGAAGAAGAAAAACACCAACAACCCGACGGCCAUAUUUCGGUUGACAUGCUUCGACAACGUUACAGACAAUAUGGGAUUAAUCCCGAUAUCUCUCUUCCGAGACAAACAAAAUGUAAUCGACGAAAGAGAAGAAUUGUAGGUGGUGAAACCAUUGAUCUCAACUCUUCACAGUCGGUUGCUCCCGAGCAUUCAAAGACUGACGAAGGGAUUGAUUGUAACCACUGUGGCACUGAUGUUGAACAACCUGAAACUGACUUACCAAUGAAUGAUCGAAUGGACAUCAGAAAUAGAGCUGUGUUUCAACAUAGUAGUUCUCAAGAAGGUGGGGUGGUUUUAGAACAGGAUGAUCUAGUGGACAAUGGAAGCAAGGAUGAUGUUCUCAAUGAAGUAGACCAAGCAGAUUCAGCAGACAUGUGGUAUGGUUAUGUUGGAUGUGAUCAUAAUGUUGAAGAUAACACUUGGCAUAUUGAUGGCAACAAGGAAGGCGAGGAUGAUUUGGGGCAAGACAUGGGUGGAGACUCAGUACAAAAUGAAGAAAUGGAUCAGGGGGAUGAUGAGGACUGGCAUGACAAUGGAGUUGAGUCUGGAGGAGAUGAUGAAGAUGAUGAUUUUCAGCAUGGUGAUGGGGAGGAAGGAAAUGAACCAGAUGAUAAUUACCAGGGAUUCAGCCUUCAAGAUGGAAAUCUUCCAAUUUAUCCAGAUGCACCCAUCACCAAGUCACAGAGUCUACUGCUGAUAGUGUCCUAUGUCUUGCGGCAUGGUCUUUCUGAUAGUGCUUUGGAUGAUCUUCUUUCUUUGAUGAAUAUACACUGUCCAAACAGUGUUCCUACAUCAAAGUAUUUGCUGUACAAGAGUGUUGAAGAUUCAGUGUCUAACAUCAUAGACAGGGAUGUCUUCUCUAACCUGGUGGGUCACAAUGUGGAUAGUGUCUUCCCAGUGGUUACGAAGUUUACCAGUGCCUUCCCUGGGUGUCAGAUUGCGAACAAGGACACGAUCACCGGGAUGCAGCAAUGA